CACAUCUUUCAGCAUCAACAACUACUUUCGCAUCUUCUCAUCUCUUCUCACUCAUCUAAACCGCAUCGAAUACCUUCGCAAAAACACCUACACUAUGAAGUUCACUAGCUUUACUCUUGCCGCCAUUGCCUCACUUGGCGUGGUUGCUCACCCUGAGCGCCUCACUGCUGAGAUCGCCAAGAGAGAGGCCAACUUGGUCGGUCGGACCAGCAACAAAUGUGCCGCUGUCAUUGAAAAGAGGCGGGAAGCAAUGCUUGCCAAGAGAGCCAGCCGACUACAUGCACGUCGCGCGGAGAGUGGGCACGUCUCAGCUCGGUCGGAGCACAAAUACACCACAAUCCAGAACGAUACCUGCGUUUUGGCCCCUGAUACUAUUUUCGGCCCAUACGGUGUCGAUGGUGAGAUCGUCCGCACCGAUCUGCGAGAGUCUCAGAAGGGUAUCGAUUUCUACUUCGAUAUUGGUGUUAUUGAUGUCGAAACCUGCGAUCCUCUUGAAGGCACUGCUCUGACUAUCUGGAACUGCAACGCAACUGGAUCGUAUUCCUCCUUCACCGGUAUCGACCCGGAUACCUCGGAACUCUUGGAUGGAUGGAGCAAGAGGACCGACGGAACGACUGACGACGAGACUUUCCUUCGAGGAAUUCAGAUCACCGAUUCUGAAGGCAUGAUUGAAUUCAUUACCAAGUUCCCAGGCUACUACGUCACUCGUACGACUCAUAUUCACGUUACGGCCCAGACGAACAUCACCAAUGGAACGUCCUAUUCGGCCAGCAAGGUUCAGCACGUCGGUCAACUUUUCUUCGACGAGGAUUUGCUCAACAGUGUCUAUGCUCUUAGUCCCUAUGUCGAGCACCUCGCCACCUUGAACCGCACCACCAACGCCGAGGAUAAGUUGUAUUCGUCCGCAAGUUCGGAUGGCUACAGUGCUGUUAUCAGCGUCAGCCAACUGGGAGAUAGCCUCGAGGAUGGUCUCGUCGGUUAUAUCACCAUUGGUGUCAACACUACUGCGGAUGCUAUUGCGGUUACUGGAGAUUCUGUGAACCCUCAGGGAUGGCUGCCCACUGUCAGCGUUGAUUCUACCAAGUUCGCCGAGGCAACCAGCAACAGCAAGAAGAUUCGGGCCAACCGCAACUAGUUUCCAUUGACAAGGACAUCUGGUCAUGUCCGAAGUGAGAUCGAGCAAAAUUAGAUUGGGGAUUGAAGGAGAUGCGCGCGGGUAUAGACACAACUACAGGCAGAAAUAGAAGCAGGUCCG